AUGCUGCUGCUGCUUGUAUUAGCAGUUCUCUACCCAGGUGGGGACAAUCAGGGAGCCUCCCAGGAGCCAAUCUCAUUCCACCUCAUCCAAAUCUCAUCCUUUGUCAACAGCACCUGGAUACAGUAUCACGGCUCAGGCUGGGUGGAUGACCUGCAGAUUCAUGGUUGGAAUAGUGUGGCAGACACUGCCAUAUUCCUGAAGCCCUGGUCGAAGGGCAAUUUCAGUGAUGUGGAGAUAUCUGAUUUGGUGGAGCUGUUCCGGGUCUAUACCUUUGCAUUCAUUAGAGAAAUGCGGGCCCACGUCCAUGAGUUCCAGUUGGAAUACCCCUUUGAGAUCCAGGGCAUAGCAGGCUGUGAGCUGCACCCCGGGGGAGCCAUCCUGAGCUUCUUAAGGGGGGCUUUAGGAGGCCUGGACUUUGUGAGCUUCAGGAACUCUUCCUGUGUGCCUGCUUCAGAAGGGGGCAGCAGGGCACAGCUCGUCUGCGCCCUGCUCAGACCUUACGGAGACAUCUUCCAUAUUGUGAAGAAGCUGCUGUAUGAAACCUGCCCCCGGUUUCUCCUGGGUGUCCUCGAGGCGGGGAAGGCAGAUCUGCAGAGGCAAGUGAAGCCUGAGGCCUGGCUGUCCAGUGGCCCCAGCCCUGGGCCUGGCCGUCUGCUGCUGGUGUGCCAUGUGUCUGGCUUCUACCCAAAGCCCGUGUGGGUGAUGUGGAUGCGAGGUGACCAGGAGCAGCAGGGCACUCAGAGGGGUGACUUCCUGCCCAAUGGUGAUGGGACRUGGCAUCUCCGAGCAACCCUGGACGUGGCAGCUGGGGAGGCGGCUGGCCUGGCMUGCAGGGUGAAGCACAGCAGCCUAGGAGGGCAGGACCUCGUCCUCUACUGGGGUGGAGGCUCCGUCUCCAUUGCUGUGAUCAUUUUGAUAGUGAUGGUGCUCUGUCUGGUCAUUGCACUGGGCCUUGCCUUGUGGUUUUGGCGGCAUCGYUCCYRCCUCCAGCCACCUAAUGUGGUGKCAAGGUUUACAGAAGAGACUAGSGAGAGAGGRAGAGCAYGCCAGGGAGUGGGAAAAUCCCAUCCAAUGAAGAUUAARGGGGGCAGCAUCCCAAGGUCAGAAGUGACAAUUGKGUCUUYGGSGCAGUGGCCWKGCACGCCUCCACCYGGACAAGCUCUSGGACCUGAGAAGGAUGGGGAAAGCUCUGACACAGCUGUGUCUAAGCRCCUCUCRUGUGAGGAUGGCCUMCCACACUUCACCRAGAGAUCACGUUUAAUGCCAUCAGUGGUAAGUCUUGUGGGUGUCACGGGCUUCUGA